AUGGACACCAUCCAACAGGACGCCGUGAGCAACCCCGGAAGCCCAUCUACGGUGAUCCCGCCAACCCCAGCUCCCCGCCGUGGGAAGAAAAUGGCAGGUGGAAGGCCCAAGAAAGACCCCCGCUCUUCAAACCGAGCUACUCCCAUGAAGAAGGCUGCUCCUGCCCAAACCAGCCCAGCAAGCAAGCCAGUUCUAUCAAACCCUGCGACUCCUGCCAAAGGGAGCCCAAAGAGAAAAGCAGGCGAAGGUCGCGGAUCCGGUUCUUCUCCAACAAAGCGAGCUCGCCCAGCGAAGGUCAUCGUGAAGUAUCAUGGUGACGAGCUUCGCCCCUAUCCAUGGCGUGACUCUCCGCCGGAUUCGUACCUAGAUAAGGUAGAUCGAAUCGGCAAGACUCGGUAUGUUGUUGCAAGCAAGAACUGGGCUCUUUCAGUGCUAACUGACCGUCUCUGGGGGCUUAGCAUGUUCAUUGUGGGCCGGCAAGUUCGUGAGAAUGGCGAAGUCCCUGAGUUUUAUUUUGAUGUUGUCGGAUCCACCGGCAAUCUCUACAGGGUCAAGAUCGGGAAGCUGCCGUCUUGCGACUGCCCUGAUGCCAAGUUCCGCGGUCGUGGAGAGUGUAAACAUGUCAUUUAUGUCCUCCUCAAAGCUCUCAACGCUCGCCCCGAACUUCGAUAUCAGAUCUCUUUUGUGCCAUCGGAGCUGCGAGAGAUGUACGAAGGCUCCCUGAUGAGCAUGUUUGCGGAGACCGGUACCGCGGACCACGACCGUGAUGGCAAACGCAAGCCUAUAGAGGGCGCCUGCCCCAUCUGCUUCAUGGAUUUCGAACCCAAGGACAAGACCGUUUGGUGCCAGACUGGCUGUGGGAACAAUGUUCACGAGGUCUGCUUCAAACAGUGGGCUCGCACGUCGCUCGCUUCUCAGGGUUCUAUCCGCUGCGUUUACUGCCGCACCAAUUGGCCAUCCCCCGGCUCCAACCCCAAAGUCGAGAAUCUGCGAAAGAACGGCACCAUCGGACGAGAAGGCUAUGUCAACGUCGCCGACCAGUUUGGCCUGUCGACGAAACGCGGUACGAACUUUUCUCUGUACUUCCACCUCAAUCAUUCUGAUGGGAAGAAGGAUUUGAGUUGA